UGGGGACAAGCCCUCUGGGAGAUACUUCCAUCCUUCCUGAUCCUUCCACCCAACCCCCAGCCGGUGCCCUUCCUGCCCAGAGAUGCCAGGAAAAUCUAGGUCUGGGAAGGGCUGCCUGGCCAGCCCUCCUCGGCAGCAGGACCUAGGCUGGUGUGUACCGGAGACACCCAGCAGUGCCAUCUGCCUCCCGUGCCAAGGGGUACCCCAACAUGCUCUGCCCGGGCUAAUGGCCUGGAAAUGGCCCAACAGGAAGCUGUGACUGGAGCCAAUGUGGAGAUGAGAUGCCAGGGCUCGUUGCCCCCACAUGUGGUCUUAUCACCAGGACCGGAGCAGUGCUGGUGCCGGCGACCGAGGCGAGGGCAGUGACGCACGGGCCGGAUCGGCUGCGGGACUCGGACAGCGAGCCCAGGUGCGCCACAGACCACAACGUGGACAAUACCACCGAGAUGCUGCAGGAGUGGCUGGCGGCUGUGGGGGGUGACUAUGCUGCUGUGCUGUGGAGGCCGCAGGAGAAGGCCAGGGCCUACCCACAUGAGGAAGGUCCCAAGCACUGGACCAAGGAAAGGCACCAGUUUUUGAUGGAGUUGAAGCAGGAAGCGCUGACCUUUGCCAGGGCCUGGGGAGCUGACUACAUCCUGUUUGCAGACACAGACAACAUUCUGACCAACAACCAGACACUGCGGCUUCUGACUAAGCAGGGGCUACCCGUGGUGGCCCCAAUGCUGGACUCCCAGACCUACUACUCCAACUUCUGGUGUGGAAUCACCCCACAGGGCUACUACCGCCGAACAACGGAGUACUUCCCCACCAAGAACCGCCAGCGCCGAGGCUGCUUCCGCGUCCCCAUGGUCCACUCUACCUUCCUGGUGUCUUUGCGGGCUGAGGGGACAGCCCAGCUCGCCUUCUACCCACCUCAUCCCAACUACACCUGGCCCUUUGAUGACAUCAUUGUCUUCGCCCAUGCCUGUCAAGCUGCCGGGGUCUCCGUGUAUGUGUGCAACGAGCACCGUUACGGCUACAUGAACGUGGCAGUGAAACCCCACCAGGGACUGGAGGACGAGAAGAUCAACUUCAUCCACCUAAUCCUGGAAGCACUAGUGGAUGGGCCCCCCAUGCAGGCCUCUGCUCACGUGUCACGGCCCCCAAAGAAGCCCAGUAAGAUGGGGUUUGAUGAGGUCUUUGUCAUCAGCCUGGCCCGCAGGCCCCAGCGCAGGGAGCGCAUGUUGAGUUCACUUUGGGAAAUGGAGAUCUCCUGCCGGGUAGUGGAUGCUGUGGAUGGCAGAGCACUCAACAGCAGUACCCUCAGGAGUCUUGGCGUAGAUCUGCUCCCUGGCUACCAGGACCCCUACUCAGGCCGCACGCUGACCAAGGGUGAGGUGGGCUGCUUCCUCAGCCACUACUUCAUCUGGGAAGAGGUCGUUGCCAGGAACCUGGCCCAGGUUGUGGUUUUUGAGGACGAUGUACGCUUUGAGAGCAACUUCCAGAGGCGACUGGAGCGGCUGAUGGAGGAUAUCUCGGCACGAGAGCUGUCAUGGGACCUGAUAUACCUUGGCCGGAAGCAGGUGAACACUGAGGAAGAAGUGGCUGUGGAGGGAUUGCCGAGCCUGGUGGUAGCUGGGUACUCCUACUGGACAUUGGCGUAUGUCCUGAGCCUGGCAGGUGCCCGCAAACUGCUGGCUUCCCAGCCUCUGCGUCGCAUGCUGCCUGUGGAUGAGUUCCUGCCCAUCAUGUUUGACCAGCACCCCAACGAGGAAUACAAGGCACACUUCUGGCCACGGGACCUUCAGGCCUUCUCAGUCCGGCCCCUGCUCGCUGCUCCUACCCACUAUGCAGGGGAUGAUGAGUGGCUCAGUGACACAGAGACAUCCUCUCCCUGGGACGACGACAGCGGCCGCCUCAUCAGCUGGACUGGCUCUCAAAAGACCCUCCGUGACCCCCGCCUGGAUCUGGCUGGCAGCCAUGGACAUAGCCUCCAUCCUCACCCCCGGGAUGAGCUCUAGGUCCAAAUGGGUACUCCAAAGGAAUGACAGGAGCAGAGCAGGAGACAGCUGACAGGAACCACAGAACCUGGCUGUCUCCUUGGGCUCAGCCACUCCACCUUCUGGACCUGUCCCAGGUCAGAAGAACCACUCAGACAUGAAUGUCACAUAGUAAAAGGACAGAACUUUCAGGCUCCUGAGCCUGUGGACAAUUUGGAGCCCAGGAAGAAGACAAGAGGCCCUCCCUCAGCCUUAAGUUUCAAUCUGGGCAUAUGUCUGAGUCCUGCCCUCCCUGAGGACUCAGCUGCUGGGGCCUCUCUGCCUCCAUCUACCUCCACCUUGGCCUCCUUUGAGCCUCACGAGCACCCACUUUCCUGACUGGUGGAACAUGCAGGGAGGUAGGAGGCGGCCCCUGCAUACCUUGUGUCUAGCAUACCACCAGCUCAUAAUAAAAGCCCACUGCAUUUGCACUUUAAAA